AUGGUGCUGCGUCAGAGUAAUUCGAACCUUGAAAGGCCUGAAGCUUCGUGUCUCCGUUUAUCACUGCCCUUCUCCUGCUUCAAGGCUUCCUCAAUUUCCCCUCCUCAUCGCAUAAAGGUUGCAAUUCAUUACUAUGGAAGAUUGGCUGCAAAGCAAGGGUGGCGCUUUGAUUCGACGUAUGACCAUAAAGAUGGAACCGGAGAACCAAUUCCAUUUGAGUUCAUCCUUGGUUCCGGCAAAGUCAUAUCGGGAAUUGAAACAGCACUAAGAUCGAUGAAAGUAGGUGGUAUUCGUCGAGUCAUUAUCCCACCAUCUGAAGGGUACCAAAACAUGUCUCAAGAACCCAUUCCACCUAAUUUUUUCGAUAGACAGAGACUCUUUACUACCAUUUUCAAUCCGACCCGUCUAGCCAACGGAGAAGGCUCAACACUAGGGACACUCAUAUUCGAUAUUGAGCUGGUUAGUAUGAGGCAUCAAUGA